UGUGAAAGAUGGCGUCGUCGAAAGUGAGCUUAAAGUUGUUGAUUGACACAAAGGAAGAAAGAGUUCUCUUUGCCGAAGCUUCAAAAGAGUUCAUUGACUUUCUAUUCAACUUGCUUCGCUUACCCCUUGGCACAGUGACCAGGCUCCUAACCAAAAACGCCAUGGUUGGCUGCUUAGGCAAACUCUACGAAAGCGCAGAGAAUCUGGACGACGUUUAUCUCAACAAUCCUGAACAAGACAGGAACGCUUUGCUGAAGCCAAGUGCUCCAUUAGUUUCUGGCUACCUUCUUCCUGCCGCAAAUGAUGAUGAUCAUCAUGAUACCAAUUCCUCAGGAGCUGCUCCAAAUCUCUACAUGUGUGGGAGCCGUUGCAAUUAUAAUGUGACUUAUGUUAAGGACAGAGCGUGUCCAAGAUGUGGAUGUUCCAUGAGCAAUGCCGCACAAUUAGUCGGUAAUGAUAAAAAGGCGGCGGAAGAUUCAAGUGCGAAAGGCUUUGUGAAAGGAGUGGUCACUUACACUGUGAUGGAUGAUCUCGAAGUUCGUCCCAUGUCUACCAUUUCAACCAUCACUCUGAUCUCCAAGUUCAAAGUCAAGGACAUUUCUUCCUUACAAGAAAGGGUUGUUGAGCUGGGAAUGGAAGAGGGCGUUAAAUUGCUGAAGGCUUCUUUGCAGUGCGAGAAUGUUUUGACCAGUGUUUUUCUCGAGAAAGACAACAUAAAGAAGCAGGAAAUUUCUCAAGACGUAGUAAAUGGAACGUGAGACUUGUUGGCUUCCUUUUCCUUCUGUGUUUCAUCAGUCUUUGUUUCUUUUUUCUUCUUGCCUUUCUCUUUUAGUGGGUGACAUCUGUUUCUGUCUACUUUUGUACUGUUUUUGUUUGUUCUGCUGGAUACUUUUGUACUGUUAUAAACUUCUGGUGUGUGUUAUUUUUAUGGUUAAUCAGGUUGGUGAAAUUAAUUACUGUUGCCAAACCCAACUAUAUGUAUAAUUUCAUGCUUGCUUAACAAUGAA